CCAUCCAACAGGGAGCGCCGCAGCAGUGGCCUCCAUCUCAGUCCCGCCGCUUUAAUUCAGCGGACAGAAGAAGAACACGAUGCAGAUUCAGCGGAAACAAAGAGACUUUAAACUGAUUUUGUUCUGAAUGAAAAAUGAGUGAAACGUAACCCGUCUGGUGCGGAUCCACCGGAGGACCGUUUCUUCUUUUGCGUCUGAAGCAGCUGCAGCUUCCUCAUGUCGGAGGAGGCUGCAGGACUUGAGGGAAGGCUGGCGGAGGAUGGUGGAGGAGGAGGCAGAGCUGAAGGUGGUGGAGGGGGAAAUGAAGUUGGAGGAGGAACAGGAGAUGGAGCUGAAGAUGUAGAUGUAGAUGCAGGAGUUGGAGGAAGUGCAGAUGAAGGAAAGGUUUUCAUGAAGAUCCCUAAAGGUCCACUUUAUUGUGUCUGCAGGAAACCAGAAAUCAACUGUUUCAUGAUAGGCUGUGACUGUUGCACUGAGUGGUUUCAUGGACGCUGUGUUGGAGUUUCAGAGAAGGCAGCUAAAUCCAUUAGAGUUUGGUUUUGUCCGUUGUGUCGAGACGCAUCUCUGGAGAUUAAAUACCGUCUGAAGAAGACCAUGGAGGAGAAAGAAUUAGAGACGGGAGACGGGAGAUCCACUCCCAAUGCCAGGAUUGACAACCGGCGCGGCUCACAGAUCAAGCGCUCGGCCCGGAUGUGUGGGGAGUGUGACGCAUGCCUGAGGACGGAGGACUGCGCCCUGUGCGACUUCUGUAAAGACAUGAAGAAGUUCGGAGGUCCAAAUAAGAUCCGACAGAAGUGUCGUCAGCGACAGUGUGAGGUCCGAGCUCGGAAGAUGCUUCGCGUCAAAGAGGAGGAGAUGAGUCGCAGCUGCGUCAGGGGGCGUGGCCUGACAAGGAAAGAGGCGGGUCAUCAGACAGAGGAGGACGAGGAGGAUGAGGAUGAAGAGGUGGCCUUCAGCGAGAGCGAGUUGGAGCUCUAUGAGCAGUACAAGGCCGCCGGAUACAGAGACUUGGUGUGGCACAGCGAGGAAGAGGACGCGCAGUCGGACUCUCUGAGAAAGAAGGCGGUGAAGGUGAAACAUGUCAGGAGGCCAGAGAAGAAGACGGAGAAGAAGAAGUCUGUCUCUGGUCCGAAAGAGGAGGCGAAGCCUCGCCGUCACAAAGCCAAGCAGCGCCACAAGGAGCGCGUCCGUCACAGUGAGCGAGGGGGAGAGGGCGGGACUAAGGAGGUAGGCGUAGCGAUGCGCCAGUGUCUGGGACCAGGAUGUGUCGUACCAACGAGGACAAACUCAAAAUACUGUUCUGACGACUGCGGCAUGAAGCUCGCAGCCAAUCGUAUCUAUGAGAUCCUCCCACAGAGGAUCCAGCAGUGGCAGCAGAGUCCGUGCGUUGCCGAGGAAAUGGGGCGAAGACAGUUGGAGCGAAUCAGGAAGGAGCAGCAGGCGUCGAGGCUCCGCCUCACGAUGAUGGAGAAACGCUUCCACGAGCUUGAAGGCAUCAUCGCCAACGCCAAACAGCAGCAGGUCCAACAGCACGAGGAGGUGACUGAAGGGGACGGAGAGGACACAGACCACCAGGUCUUCUGUGUUUCCUGCAGUCACCCCGUCAAUCCAAAAGUGGCGCUGAGACACAUGGAGCGAUGCUACGCUAAGUAUGAGAGUCAGACAUCAUUUGGCUCCAUGUACCCAACGCGAAUUGAGGGGGCGACGCGCUUGUUCUGUGACGUCUACAACCUGCAGAGUCAGACCUACUGUAAGCGGCUGCAGGUCCUCUGUCCCGAGCACUCCAGAGACCCAAAGGUCCCAGCAGACGAGGUGUGUGGUUGUCCUCUGGUGAGAGACGUGUUCCAGCCCACUGGAGACUUCUGCCGUCUCUCAAAGAGAAAAUGUAACAAACAUUAUUGUUGGGAGAAGCUGCGGCGAGCCGAAGUGGACCUUGAGAGAGUCCGCGUGUGGUAUAAGCUGGACGAGCUGUUUGAGCAGGAGAGGAAUCUGAGGACGGCGAUGACGAACCGAGCCGGAUUAUUGGCUCUGAUGCUUCACCAGACCAUCCAACACGACCCAAUCACAACGGACCUGCGCUCUGCCAAGGACAGGUAGACAGGCAGGUAGACAGACAGGUGGACAGACAGGUGGACAGACAGGUGGACAGGCAGAUCCAAAGUGAAUGUGUUUUAAAGCACAGAAAAAAAGAUGGCGUCCUCGUCUCAUGAAUAAUUAUGAGACUCUGUUGUUAUUUUGGAGAAGUUGAAACAGUUGAAACACAUCCUGAAACCUUUUUUGGACGUCUUCGAUGUGUUUACAUGUUAUAUUGUGAAUAUUCAGGAAAUAUAUUCAUGUUUUUAUACUGUUUUAUUCCUGAAGUACGACAUUCAUCAGAGAUCCAGUUGAAGCUGUUACUGUUGAUGAAACACUAGAAUCAAGCGUUUCAUACAUUAUUCUGCACAUCAAUAAUUCAGAUGGCCCUUUCACAAUAAGAGCUCAAUGUUGGCCAAUUACUUAUUACUACCUUCUGUGUGGAGUCUGCAUGUUCUCCCCGUGUCUGUGUGGUUCUCUCCGGGUUCUUCGGCUUCGCCCACAGUCCAGAGACCUGCUCUGGGCAUCAGGUUUAGAGGAGGUGUGUGAAUGUGAGUGUGAAUGGUUGUGUGUCUCUGUGUAGCCCUGUGAUUGGCUGGUGACCAGUCCAGGAUGAACCCGUCUAUCACCUGAAGUUGGCUGUGACAGACUCCAUCCCCCCGCGACGCUGUGGGCAGGAUAAGUGGUUUGCAGAUGGAUGGAUGGAUAAAAUGUCUAUUUCUUUCUCUGUAUUUAUUCAUAUGAUUGUGUUUAUUAAAUAUUUAACACUUUGUUAAUGAUACACGUGUAGAUAGUAAGAACUAAAACGUAUGUUUUUCUUUUAUCUAAUUUUAUACCCAAAUGUUUCAUUUUUUAUUUUUUGCCCAUGUUGUUUCAAAAUGUUUAAUUAACCUCUGAUAGUUUCAUAUUUUUCUCCUGUCUUUGUUAAACAUUUUUUUGCUAUUUGUGGUGAUUAAAUUGUUGAUAAAAAGA